AUGUCUAACCCCCAGACCCCAUCGGCCGUGGCCUCGCUGCUUCGCCGCAACAAGCUCUUGAAACAGAGACAAGGUUUGUCGCAAGGUAGACGUGUCGAUUUUUUCCGCUACAAGCGGUUCGUUCGGGCCCUUAACUCACCAGAAUACAAGACCAAGUCCGGAAAUCAACCUGAUUUGUAUCCUCCAGUCAGCAACGACGAUGAAGCCCGCAAUGUGUUCAUCGAGCUGAUCAAGACCCAGUUGGUGGUACCGUGCCAAAAAUUACAUAGCGCAGAAUGCAAAGACCACGGUUUGAAACCCAACAAAGAAUACCCAAACCUACUGUUGUCUGACAAAGCAUUGCUACAACCAGACGAGUACUACACUUGGAAUUACAAUCCCAAAACGGUGACGGAUUAUUUGCUUGUCGUGGGUGUCGUGGUCGGGAUUCUUGCGUUCAUAGGGUAUCCUCUGUGGCCGACAUCGUUGAGAAGAGUAGUCUACUACGUUUCUCUGGCACUCUUGGCCCUAAUUGGGCUCUUCUUCGUGAUUGCAAUUCUGCGUUUCAUCAUCUACUUGCUCUCUUUGGCCGUUCACAGCGAAAAAGGCGGGUUCUGGUUGUUUCCCAAUUUAUUCGAAGAUUGCGGUGUGUUAGAGAGUUUCAGGCCUUUCUACGGCUUUGGCGAGACAGAGUGCUAUAGCUACAUCAAAAAGAUGAAGAGGAGAAAGCGCAAGACUGAAAAGAAGGUUCAAUGA